AUGUGAGAUUCCAAGCAGAACGUCAUAUAGAUUUGAGAGCCCACAUCCUCUUUUAAAAUGACCGUAGAGCUCAUAGCAAAAGUAAAUUAAGCAUCACAGAAAAGAGAAAGCUAGCAAGGACAGAACGAUCACUUAAGAGAGCACAAAAUGGUUUCUAGAGAGCAAAAGAGAGCAUCACUGCAUGAGAAGCUGCAACUUCUUCGUUCUAUUACGAACUCUCAUGCCCUAAACAAAACCUCGAUCAUAAUAGAUGCAUCAAAGUAUAUCCAAGAGUUAAAGCAAAAAGUAGAAAGACUGAAUCAAGACGUAGGCAAUGCACAAACUUCAAGUGACCAAAAUACUUUGCCUAUGGUUACAGUAGAAAGCUUAGAGAAAGGAUUUCUUAUAAAUGUAUUUUCAGCAAAGAGCUGCCCUGGUCUGCUUGUUUCCAUAUUGGAGUCAUUUGAAGAGAUGGGUCUUAAUGUGCUCGAAGCUAGAGUUACUUGCACAGACACCUUUCGAUUUCAUGCUGUUGGAGGAAAAAAUGAAGAACAAAAUGAGAGCAUUGAUGCACAAGCUGUGAAACAGGCAAUGGGACUAGCAAUAAAGAACUGGAGCGAAAAUGCUGACCAAAAGUAAAUCAGUUACAAAACAUAUGUCAGCUGUUAUAUCUAUAUAUGUUAUUUAUAUAUCUUAUGUGUCCAUUUUUUUAAUUAGUGUAGUUUAAGUAUUUUCUUUCAUCAAGUCUAAUUGAUAGUUUUGUUGAUAAAUGAAUUGAGCUUCUAUGAUGUUGAUCAAAUUUUCACGUCUAUUAGACAA